AUGAAGUUCACAAACACCGCCGCUAUCCUGGUCCUCAGCCCCAUGGUGGUCGCUGCGCCGCUGUCUUCAACUGAGAAGCGCAAACCUGAGGCUUCCAAGCAGUACUUCCACCUGGCUGGCGACGUCCUCGACAAGCGCGAGCCUAAGCCCAAGGCUGCCAAGCAGUAUUUCCACUUAGCUGGCGACGUCCUUGACAAGCGCACCGAGAUUGCUAAAUAA